ACAUUCACUCACACACACAAGUUAACUGGUAUUACUGUCCUAAUCUAUUGCUAAAUAAUUUUUUUUAAACGAAAAAAAGUAUUUAACAGACGAACAGUACUGACCCUCUCGAAAGUCAAACACUUAAUGACAUGGAUUUUGUCAAAUAUAUGGUUGAUCCAGUACUGACUGGCCAUAAUUCAAUCUAUUUGUUUAGUCCAUCGUUUUCGCUGGACUUCGAGAUCCAGUUUAUCCGAUUUGUGUCGUCGUCCGCCGACAAUACCAAAGCCGAUGAUUGUUUGGAUGUAAUACCGCUGAUGUACGGCGCGCGCAACGACAUCAUAAUUGGACAGUUCAAUGACGACCGGGACACUGAUUUUGGAUUGUGUUUUAUUAAGCACAUGGAUGUCAGGGACUUGGAAAUGAAUAUAUCGUACGGUUUGAACGACACCCGUACAAUGUAUUUGAGUCCCUAUAUGGGAAAGUAUGGUUGCAUACGAUCGCUAGAUAGCUGUGGCAAACAGUUCAGAUUUUUCAGUCCUAACAAUAGUCAGGGACAGACUUUGGUACGCGAAACGGCCAAAAGGCAUAGUUUGACUAUCGAUGAGGCUAUUGUCCGCUGUUCGUCCAUUCAUCUGGACUUUCGACUGGAAUUCAAGCCUAUUAUCAAAUCGCCUAAACCGGUGGGUUCUAUGAGACCACUGCGACAAAACCGGGGUAUGUCAUCGCCGAUGGCCGACGAUAUAGCGCUCAACCAUAGAUGGUUGUUCAAUACGCCACCCAAUGUCGGUCCGUACGGUGCUGUUGGUUUCGGUACUGUUACCGAUCAGAUAUACGGACGAUAUUACAAGAGGUUUGUUGAAGAUCCGAGAAUUGAGAUCAAACCGUUUACCAUUCAGAUGGCAAUCAAACCUUAGAAUUAAUGUUUUUUGUUUGUUUAAAAUAAAAUGUUAGUUUUGUUUAAUAUAAUUAAUUUAAACUGUACUUAAUAUAAAUUUAAUAUUAAAUUUGUUGUAAAAC